CGCCGCCCAGUCUUAGAGUGCACAGUCGGCGACAGUCGAGCGAGUCCGCCGGCACGGUGCGAGCUCGGUAGCGGUCCCGUCAGCACCGUCCGCCCCACCCGCCGCGAGACACCUCCACCCUCUCGUCGUCCACCUGCUGGCUGCCGCCGUCGCCGUGCUCGCCGCCGUCGCCGCCGCCGCCAUGCAGUGCCUGCUAGUGGUGCCCCUUGCCGGGCUCCUGCUGCUGGCCGGUGCCAGCGGUGCCUCCACCUCCCUGGGACCCGCGCACGUCCUCAGCACCGAGGGCGUCCUCUCCGACACGAUCCGGCCGUCCUGCUCUAGUGACAUCUACUGCAAGGGAGAGCUCCUCCAUGUGGUGCAGAUGGCCAGGAUCUACCCGGACUCCAAGACUUUCGUGGACAAGAAGGUGCGCGAGUCGCCCGAGGUCGCGCUCAAGCAGUUCGAGAAGCUGAUGCAGGAGACGGGCAGCAACCCCUCGUUCGAGCAAGUCCAAAACUUCGUCAACCAGACCUUCGAGGACGGCGACGAGCUCGAAGAGUGGAUCCCUUCAGAUUGGACCGAACAACCGGCGCUGCUCGAGCGCAUCGAGAACCGGAAGUACCGCGAGUGGGCGCACAGCCUCAACAAGCUGUGGCGCAUGCUCGCGCGCAAGAUGAAGACGGACGUGCGCGACAACCCCAGCCACUACUCCCUCAUCUACGUGCCGCACGGCUUCGUCAUCCCCGGCGGCCGCUUCAAGGAGCUCUACUACUGGGACUCGUACUGGAUCCUGCAGGGCCUGCUCUUCUGCGACAUGCACGAGACGGCCAAGGGCGUCAUCGAGAACCUCAUGCACCUCGUCAAGGUCCUCGGCUUCGUGCCCAACGGCAGCCGCGUGUACUACGAGGAGCGCUCCCAGCCGCCCCUGCUCAUCGCCAUGGCGCGCGCCUACUACGACAAGACCAACGACAUCAAGUUCAUCGAGGACAACAUGGAAACCCUCGAGAAGGAGUUCAACUUCUGGAUGAACAACUCCAUGAUUGAGGUCGAGAAAGAUGGCCAAAAAUACAACCUCGCGAGGUACUUCUUCCUCUCCAACGGCCCGCGCCCAGAGUCAUACCGGGAGGACUUCGAGACGACCGAGCACCUGGCCAACUCGACGGAGGACCGCGAGCGCAUGUACUGGGAGCUCAAGUCGGGCGCGGCGACGGGCUGGGACUUCUCCAGCAGGUGGUUCAUUGACAGGGACGGCACCAACAAGGGCGAGCUCAAGGACAUCAAGACCACCUCGAUUGUGCCCGUGGACCUCAACGCCUUCCUGUACGGCGCGGCCUCCAGUCUGCAGUUCUUCAUGACCAAGCUGAACCAGCGCAACAAGGCCACGGGCUACGGCCGCAUCGCGAACGAGUUGCGCGCGGCGGUGCAGGCCGUCCUGUGGAACGAAGAGGACGGCAUCUGGUACGACUACGACGCGCUCAACAAGAAGCAGCGCGAGUACUUCUACGGCUCCAACCUGGCACCGCUCUGGACGAACUGCUACGACGGGGACAAGGUCGCUCAUAUCGCGGAGAAGGCCGUCAAGUACAUCGAGAAAACCGGCCUCUUGUCGUACCGCGGCGGCACCCCCUCCUCCCUCGCCAACACGGGCGAGCAGUGGGACUUCCCCAACUGCUGGGCGCCGAUUCAGGCCCUCGUCAUCCAGGGCCUCGAUCGGACAGGGCAGGAGGACGCGAUGAACCUGGCCGACGAGCUGGCCAGGCGGUGGCUGCACGCCAACUACUUGGGAUACGAGCAGAACACCAUGAUGUUUGAGAAGUACGACGCGGUCAACAUCGGGCGUUUCGGUGGUGGCGGCGAGUACGCCGUCCAGGAGGGUUUCGGCUGGACCAACGGCCUAGUGUUUGAGCUCCUCGCCAAAUACAACAGCAAAGGUGGACCAACCGGGGACGUUGGGGGCGUUGGCGGCCAGGGCGUUGGUGGCCAGGACGUGUCCAACUCGCUCUCACAAGUGGUGCGCGAGGUGGUGCGCGGCGCUGUGCACGGCGCCAGCAGCCUCGUCCUGGGCGACGACGCUCAGGCCGACAAGCACAACCACGAGGCCCACCCCCACCACACACAGGGCGACCACAACCGCUCGGGCUGAAGGGCGCAAGGGUGUCCCAGUGAGAAAUUAAUAUCGAAACGAUAUCGUUGCGACGUCGAUUCCACUAUUUCGACAUCGUUUCGAUGACGUUUUGAUGUCGAUUUGCAACAGACAUUUCUCACUGGUAUGCGUCUUGCUCAGAGGAAGCGAGCUGGUCUAGCUUCUUUCGUGUGCCGUCCAUGUGCAGAGCUGGCAUAGCAGGCUGGUCGCUGGCUGGUCGUGUGCUGUGUCCAUAGGUGUGUCGCUUGCUGUUGUCGGGUGUUCAGCGGCCCUGCUUUUCGACAGUGGACAUGGACGGAUCCUGGAGCCUGCAAAACUCGGGGAAUGCCACACACGUUUGUCGUUUUUGUGUAUGUGUGCGUAUGUUAGGGGGUCUUUUUCGAGGGUGACGUUUUCUCACUUUUACAAUGCAUCUCUUGCCAACUUAUAAUUGCACAAAUUUACUGGUACUUUGUGUGAUAGUAAUUAAAUUUAGAUUUUAAACAUGAUAGGGAAACGGAUUGUUGAGGCACUUGAGGCUGGUCCUCGUAUGCUUCAAUGGAGCCUGUGGCCCGCGAGGCAAAAUGUUACCUGGUAUCAGACCAACGCUUAUGUGUGAGAUUGAGGUGGUACCAGGAGACCUUGGUACAUAAAUUGUAAUAAUGCCAGUCGGACAGUUUUAACAAGUGAUGAUAUCUCCAAGCUUUUCCUUUUUGACGUCUACAUAUUAUUCCAUUAAGAUUGUUCCUUUCAUCUUUUUCCAAGGUAGAAUUAUUUUUAUAAAUGAUUAUAUAGAAGGGUUGAAGAUUUCCAUGAGACGGCUGUGAUAAUAAAGACCCGCCGAUUCUUUCGUACUUAUUGCUGUAAAUAAUAUGGCCCUACUCUUCUGAAGAAUUUAACUGGUUCUGUAUUGCUGACCUGAUGUGAUAUUUCACAUCUUUUGUAAAGAAGACCACUGUUUUUUAGUUUGUAUUGCUUUCUGUAAUAUCCGUAAAAAAAUAAUUGAUAGGACAAAUUCACUGAUUUCUGUGGACAUUCCAUUUGUGAUGAUUGUACAAAGUAAUUUUUGCUGAUUAUAUUGUGAUAUACUUGAACAAUUUAAAUGCAGUAAAAAAAAAUGCUUUAAAAUAAAUUGAAGCAGAUCAUAUUUCGUUUUUGUCACUCUGGGAUCAUUUUUGCUAAAGCUAAGGAGAAAAAGAGUUUUUUCUUUGUAUUUUGUCCUGCGAAUUCUGAUUUUGGGAAAGAAUUGUACGUAUUUGACCAUACCCAGAUGUAUGCCGUUGACAUAUAAGUGUGUGUGUGUUUUGGUUUGCACAAGGCACAAGGUGUUUGCUGCCAAUGUAAGAUUUUAGGAUUAUGUACUAAACGGAAAUCUUAAGACAGUAUAGUGAUAAUUUGACUGCGACCAAGGUUCUAUGAUGGAGGACAUUUGGUUGUAGUCGUAGGCCUUUAUUUAUCGAGCUGUGUUUGUGUGUUUUUCCCUCAUUUUCCAUCAAUUUUAGUUAUUUGAAAAUAUCUGGGAAUAUAUUUGUAUGUAUUGUUUGUUUAUAUGUGUGACUACGAGUAAAUGUGUUUGAUGUUGGUCCCUAAGUCAAUGUUUUAAAACUUGUGUUAAUUAGGAGUAACAAUAGUUGUAUGUGUGAAUAAAGCCUGUGUUUGUGAUCAUGAGAAAA